AUGUAUCUUUCCUCUGUUAGUUCACGGUUAUUGCUUUACGACACUAAUAAUUGGGAGUUGAAAAAAUCUUACGGCUGUUACGAUGGAGUUCUGAGAGACGUGUCGUGGAGUGACGAUAGUAAAUAUAUCUUACAGGUCAAUGCUGCAGGGCUGAUUGAAGUUCUAAGUGCGGUGGACCAUGAUGUGAGAAGCCUACAGCAUGUUCCAUUAAAAGGCACCUGGUCUGGGAGCUUCCACAGAGAUGGACACAGAAAUAUAGCCGUUGGCACUACCAGUGGAAAUGUAAAGAUUUGGGACACCAAAAACAAAACUAUUACAAAAACAUUCCCGGCCCCCACACAUCCAUCAUGUGUGCAUCUUAUAAGCUAUAAUGCCAAAAACACAAGUCUAGCUGCAACCAUGGUAAAUGGAGAAACAGUUAUUUAUGGCCUAGUCUCCAACAUUCCAGUUCUAACUGUCAAAUUAAACUGCUCCAAAAGUAUAUCAGCCAUGAAGUUUCAUCACGAUUCCAGAUCACUACUUGGCUUGGCCACAGACGAGGGCCAUGUUAUUCUCAGAGACAUUACAACUAAUAAAGACAGAGCUUUCUUUGAAAAUAUUCACGCCUCGCCUGUCAGCGACUUUGCAUUCUCGCUCAUUAAUAAAGAUGUCCUGCUUUCAUCUGGUUAUGACAAAAUUUUACAUGUGUAUGACAUAAGAUUACAAAAUGUUGUUUCAACAGUUAGAACGUCACAUACAUUGACAUCUUUAGCUAUAAAUAUUGAAAAUCAGGUAGCACUCGGCACAAAAAGUGGAAACAUACUAGCAUAUGACUUAAGAGAUUUGACAAGUCCGUUCAAAGUUCUCAAAGGGCAUGAAGAAGAGGUCACAAAAGUAGCCUUCCAGCCUAUAAGAAAGAAAUCAUUUUCCAAUGAUGUUAGUUUGAGAGAAGAAGUGGAAAACACAUCGCCACUAAAGUCACAAUCACAAGUAAGAACAAGGACAUCUGAUUUGUUCUUUGUUAAUGACACUCCACCAAAAAACAAUCUAGACAUGUCACCGUGCAGUGGUGAUAAUAAGGCUGAUUCAUUUCUAGUGAUGCUAGGACUUGACAAAUCUAACGUAGAUUUUGAUGAUGACCCAAACAAGUCUAUGGAUAUCGAGAGAAAAAGCGACAAACAUGAACUUAGAUAUCGUCAAUUAGAUGCUGAAAAGAAUAUCAGUAAAAUAUCAACACCCUUGACCAGCAGAGCUGCAGAUUUAGGGUUUCCAUCGCCAUUAUACAUCCCCAACGGUAUGGAAGAUGUAAGAGGAUCCAUAAAUAACCUUGCCAACAUAAAACAAUGCCAAAGUAAUGCAGCAAAUGCACAAAUUGAUAGCAAUUCUAUAGAGGAACUUAAAGAUUUUAUUAAAUUGUCUCUGUCGGAUGUGGCAGACGAGAAUAGAAAUUACUUCCUUCACAUCAUGAUGGCUCUGACAAAACAGAAAUUAUAUCUAGAAAAACAAUUAGCCACAAUGACCCAACAGGUGCAGAACUUGGUCCAAAACCAAAAUGCUUUGGUUGAAGCAAACAGAAAGUUAGCUCUUCAAAUAGAUCAAAUGAAGAUACAACAAAAUUUUUAA